AACAUGGCUAGAGGGGAAAUCCAGGCCAUUCGCAGCAGAAGAGGUUCAAUGGGGAAAGCACCCAAUGGUCAAUGACUGGGGAACGAGAAUAGGUCAGCUCUCGAGAUAGCAAUCCAAUCCAGCCCAGUCUGUCUCUCAGCCAGUCAGCCUGAGGUACAGUCAUGGGAAGGGAAUGCCACUUGAAGUAGGAAAUGCACACGAGCUACUGAUGCGAUCCAGCACCUCCCUGUAGUGGGAAGCCAGGGUGCGGUGGAGUGGAGGCUGUCUUUGCUUUGAUUGCUUAGGGCUUGAAUGUUUUGCCAAUGUGCAGCAUUGAGAAGAAAAGCAGGAUUCCCACAGCAAGUCCUUCAGCUCAGCUCCUCCUCGGGUUAUGGACUUUGAAGCAAUCCAAAGCCAGCAGAAUGCAGGGUUUCGGACCGACUCUGAGCUUCGUAGCUCUGGUGCUGAUGAUAGAGAACUGCUCCUCUGGAGAUAGAUGUGCUGUGGGAACUUUGGCAGCUCACUAUAAACACGUCAUUUCUGAUCUACUUACUCAGUCGAUCAAUCAAACGAAUUACAUUGUACAACAGAAAAUUAAUGCCACAUUGCACAGGAAUAGAACCAGGAAUAAUAAAGUCAAGUCCAGAAUCCGGAACAAAGCCCUCAACCCCCCUCAGGUCAUGGCUCUGGUUUGUGAUAUUUUAUGGAAAACGACGAAGCUAAAAAAUGUCAGCGAGUUGGCCAGAGGUGCACAGGACAGCCUGCUCCAACUGCGCAGAAACACAGCCUCGGUCAUGGAAGGAUGCUGCAAAUCAAAUAAAACGUCUGAAAUAGUUCGAAAUCCUAAGAAGCCUGGGCCAAGGAGGCUGAAGGAGCUAUUAAACAAUUUGCAACUUCAUUGGCAACAGUUAGUGAAAUCCAUGGACUAACGUGGAACAGGGAUUAAUGUGUCCUACUGGCGGGGCAGGCCACUGGUGGAAAUGGUUCCAAACUUAAUUGCCGUUCGGCAAGUCGGAAAGUCUUAAACUGGGCCUCAAAGAACAUUUCUCUUUUCAGAAACCGAUGGUGCGAAUCGGAAAAGGGAAUGAAAUGCGUAACUGUCUGCGCAGGCAGCUAGACCAGUGGGUAAUAAUGGAGAGAUGUGGCGAGAGGCAAUCGCUGGUCAGUGGGUGACGGAGAGGUGGGACAGACACACGAACGGCUAGAUAGUUGGAGAAGUACGAGUUGAUCAAACACUCCACAGGAGAUGAAUGGCUGGCACCAAGAGACUGCGGGCAGAGGGAGAAGCUCCCCGGAAAUGAAUACGACAACAACAAAAACUAAACGGGUUGUGCUGAAGAGUUCUAAAUGACGAACAGAUUGCAGGGUCUGUAGAAGGAUCAGGCUUGUUCUGUACUUUAUGUUCCAUUACUUAUCGCUGUCAGGUUAUUAUGCUACAAGGUGUUGUUAAUCACUUACGAUUCCAGUGGUAUAUGACUUGCACUAAUAUUUUUUUUACUUUCGGAUUUGCAAGACACUGUCAGAGAUCAGUGUACCUGGUAGUGAAAUGACUGCGGAAAUAGCUAUGUGAAGUGUGUGGCUGUAACGUGGCAUUGUAUGGAAUUUAAUGGAAGGGCUGAUUUAUUAGCCUAUGAAUUAAACU